AUGGGUACUUGUUUGAAGAUCGUGAAGCUUGUGGGAAUCGGCUCACUAGGACUUGCCACAACCAGCUUUGGUUUUGCGGCCUAUAAGACCGUGCCAGAUAUCAUCAACAGCCUGAACCUCAGCAUCGCAUCGUCGCAGCAACUCGCAGACAAGUUCAAGUCUCUUGUGUUGCGAAUCCGCGUGUCGUUUGGUACGUUCGGCACGCUUGCCUCAACUCUGUUUGCUAUGGCGUUUACCAGAUCCCCGGUUAGCGGUAAACACCCAUACCUAAUCUACGCUGCUCUGGGUGCCCCACUGUGCGCUGCGUACUACGGAUACAGUGUUUUGCCACUGGAACUAGAAAUUUCUAAAGCCCCGCAAAAACGGGAAGUCACCAAGAGUGCACCAAAGGAGCCCAAAAUCAACGACCUGACCUCGCCGUUAGACAACAGCGUGUACAACGAUUUGGGAACCGAUACCGAGUCGGUGAAAGAAGAGGUUGAGGAAGAUGAGCAAUUUAAGGAGUUGGAACUGAAAUCAGCCACUGUGGCUAAUUUACAGUCUCUGAAAAUUGGCUACACAUACUCCUCGCUCGUGUCAGGAGUCGCUUUCCUUCUCGCCACAAUCGGAUACCUUGGCGAUCCUCUAUAA